AUGUCGGCAAAGAAAGCACGCAUUGACAAUCUCUUGAGAAUAUCUCUUCUCGGCGAACCGCUCACCAACACCCAGUUCCAUCUCUUCACAACCUGCUCCGUUUCAUCACACAAAGCCAAUCGUCCUCGGGUGUUGUUCGCAAGUGAUGCCUUGCUCGUGGAGAGUUCUGAUUAUUUUACCAAGCUCCUGGUGGAGAAGGAAGCUGUCGACGCUGUGAUCGAGUUUUCGGGGCACUGUCCUUACAGUGGUGGGCUACUACUGGAUGAAUAUGGUUAUGCAUCAGAUAGUGAUCUUGAAGAUGAAGAGGACGUAGACUCACAGCCUCCAGUGGUCUCAGAACCCUCGAAAAUUGAAUUUCAAGAAAAUAAACGUUCUAAGCAAGGAGAAGGGCCUAAAACCAACUCCCUCCUUAGUCCCCCGGAAGAAGUGGACAUGUGUGAAUGGCUAUUUGAAGAAGAUAGUAGUCUUCAGCUCACUGGGAACGUAGAAGAUAAUCAAAGAGAAUAUACUUCUAGCAUCAAUACCACACCACCAUCCACCGUUGUCCCUACAGCCAGUGCCAGUGACGUGUCCCCACCUCGUUUAAUACAGUGCCGCCAUCUCUUUGUGAAGGACACUGCUUUCAGAACCUGGAAAACCCUCCUCUUCUACCUGUACACUGAUCAGAUAUCGUGGUCGGCUCUCAAGUCGCAAACGGGCUCAAAAGAGACACGAGAUACGACUGUAGAAGAUUCGGAUGGCCCCCCACCAUGUUCGCCCAAGUCAAUGUACCGUCUUGCUACUAAGAUCGCCUCGGAGCCACUCAAGAAACUUGCAUUCGAUGCUAUCUCUUCGCGCCUGUCAGAGAGUAAUAUUCUCGAGGAACUGAGCUCGGAUUUCACGUCAAAGUUCCCCGAGGUGUUGAAAUUGCAAACCGAUAAAUUAUACGAACACAUCGCUUCGAGACCAGUCGUGAAUGGACUCCCUGAGGUUGCUAAGCGAAUAGCGCAGGGCAAGCUACCACAUGGAGCAGAGAUCAUUGUUGCGCUCUAUCGGAGGGUACCGACUGAGCACUAUCCGAUGAAGUGCAUAGUUGCGAGUGAAGAAAAAACAGAUGAAAUGGAUGUAUCUAUUCUGGCAACUAGAAUCAAUGGCUUGCCAUUUGGCGAGCGGACGGAGGUGCGGGAGAUUGACAUAGGGAUGCCACCUGAGGUACCAGGCGUCUGCGUUACGACGGAUGUAGAAUGUCGGGCUAUUAUUGGAAUAGAAGAAAUCCCGAUGGGGGCAAGAAGAACAGAAAGAAGAAGAAAAAAGUGGGUCACUGGUCAUAUCACACGCAUGUGA